GAUUAGGAUUCAGAAUGUUCCGUAAUUUCCAAAGUGACUAUACUGAUUCUUCCACAACAGCAUAUCAGGAACUGGCAGAAAAUGUUACCACAGAGGUGAAUCAUGGUUACAAAAUAAUUUACCCUUUAACAUACGUAAGGUGUAGGAUUAUUCAGUUCACGAGUGGGUCAAUUAUUGUCAACAUGACCCUUAUUUUCAAGAACCAGACAGUGGUUCCCAAUGUAACGAGUGUGGAGCAGGGCUUGACUGACUCUCUGUCUCACGGGAACACCUUCCUCAACGUUGAUACAACCUCCAUCACUGCAAGAACUACAACUUCCGCAGCCACCACAGUUGCCGCAACUACCACAACAACCACAGCCACCGCCACAACAACAACAACUGCUGGUCCUACAACAAACACAGCUGCUUCAACAACAUCUGUUGUUAAAUCAACAAUAAACAAUGCUGUCGCCUCCAGUGGAAUAAGCUACAAGAKAAGUCRACUCAUCUGUCUUGMUSUMUUGUCACAACUGCUUGACUUAUACUGAUAUAACUGAUCACC